AUGAGCAUGGACGCUGGCGGUCUUGCUCAAAUGACAUACAACAACUUCCAGGCCCAGAGCGGCAUCGGCAUGCCCACCUCGGGUUUCGGUUCUCGAGGCAAGGGUGCCGCUCUCAAGCGUCUCAGUCUUGCUUCCCCGCCCAAGGUUGGCACCAUCGCCGAGGACUCGGUUGCCACCCCUCGCACCAGCCGUUCCCACCUUUUGGCUGGUCUCCGUACUGCCCCGAAGACGCCCACGUCUGCCCAGCCGCCUGCUUCCGCUCCCUACAACCAGCGCCAGCACAACAUGGGCAACGCCAACCGUUUCCCCCAGCAGAACGGUGCCAACCAGCGCGGACCUCAGACCGCUAUUGGUAACAGCUUCACGGGCGCCAACCAGACCAACCAGUACAACCAGCAGUCCAACAUUUACGACCAGGUCCUCGCUCCUCCUUCUGUUCAGUACGAUGACGGCGAGAUGGACCCCAACAUUGCCGCUCAGCUGUUGGCCACCGAGCUCUACCUUGCUCAGAGGCAGCAGCAACUUCAGCAGCAGCUGUUGACUUUGACUGCGCAGCAGUUUGGAAACAUGCACGUGGGUGGUGGCAUGCGUCAGCAGCAACAAUACGCUGGAAAUGCAUACACACCUCAGAUGAACGCAUACCAGCAGCAGUUCCAGAACACCCCGGCUAUCCAGGAGACUGGACAGCCUGGUCUGUACAUUGUCUUCAACCAGCUCACCGGUCAGUACCAGUACGUCAUGGACCCGAGCUUCCAGCAAGACAACGGCGAUUUCCAGAACCAGCUGUCGCACUCGCCGCCCCCGCCAACCCCCGGCUUCUCCAGGUCCCCUCCCAAGAUGGACACCCCCGUGCUCCACGUUUCUCCUCCCAACGAGGUCAACCCCAGCCCAUGGGCCUCACGCAGCACUUCUCCACCCAAGAAGUCCAGCACGCCUCCCGCGGAUGUGGUUCCUCUCCCGCCGCCUUCUGCCAACGCUUUCCGUCGCGGUCACAAGAAGAACCUCUCUUCGCUCGCUGUUGACGCCAAGGCUCAGACUCCCGAUGGCCCCAGGUCAGCUUUCGUUCGACCUGUCGGCUUCCCUGCUACGCCAAUGACUGGUACCUUUGGACCUGGUCAAGCACGCGCUGGCGAGCACCCAGUCCGCCAGCCUCGAGGCCCACCUUCCAUCGAAGAUCUGAGGGAGAAGCCCACUACCAAGCACGAAGGUAGCAAAAACUUUGCAACCCGCACUCGCCGCCAGGCUGUUGGAAAUCUCGUUCGUGCUGGUAUUGACCGCCGUAGCACUCAGCGCAGUGGUAGCGGUAGUGUCUCUCCCGACAGCGACAACUUCCCGUCUUCUGACAACGACUCGGACAGCGUUCGCAGCAGGCCCAGCAUCGGCAGUCUCCGUGCCGUCGCCAACGGCGCCAUUGGAUCUGAGCGCAAGGCCUCGCAGGAGCGCUCUUGCGACCGUGCUUCGGUCACCCGCUCAUACACUGCGGACAGCGUGAGCAGCGAUGAUGGUUCCAUUGGCGGUGGCCUUGUUGACAUCCGCCCUGCCGAGCAGCGCCGCAUGCCAAAGCUCAUUGCUUACCAGCGCGCCGAGAAGCGCAAGAGCACCAUGUUCUAA